AUGGACCCAACUCCUGAUGACUACACCAGACAGUGGGCUGCAGUGACUUACCACGAGCAUACGUUUGGCGCGUUCCUGGUCGGAGAACCACUGUCUAGCGCGAUGAAAACACUGCUGGUUUCGAUUUCUUUGUUUGUUGUGACGCACGGUGCGUACGUUGUGCGGACAUUCGCGGACGCAACACGAUAUAAGGACGAGUGUGUAAAGCAGUACGCAGUUCGGGGCAGCUCGCUGAUCGACUACAUGCGACAGGUAUCGCUUCACACGGACGACGACGAUAGUCGCUGGUGCAUCAUACGCUGCAUCCUGCACAAGUCGCAGCUGCUAGAGAUAGAGCAGGGCGAUGUAUUGCACGCGGCGAACGUGCACGCCCAGAUGCAGUACAGUAACGCGAUCGUGGAGGACCCGGACGACAUCCGGAGCGAAACGAGCCGAUGCCUGCAGGAAACGAACGCCACCCAUGACGGGUGUCUGCGGGCGUACACGUUCUUCGCCUGCAUUCAGAGCACCGAGUAUGACUUAUUUUGA